CUGUGUAUAAGAGAGUAGGGAAGAGGUGGGGAGCAUAAAUUACGUCGGCGUGGGACAGUGGAGGGACUGGCGGUCUGCUCAUGGCAGCUUGCAGCUGGAGGCGAGCAGCAGAGGAGGAAAACAACAUGACAGCGCGGAAUGGAAGACAACUGAGCAGAGACGGUGUUGGACCACAGCUGGACGCGAGGGGUUCCAAAUGAAAGUCUUUACACAGACAGAUUAACGUGACCAGGUGGGGGAUCGGACUGCAGUGGAGAGGGAAAAGGGGGCGUUGGGGGAGAGAGAGAGAGAGAGAGAAAAAGAUGCGCUGCGUCUCCCGUGACGCUGGCGCGCAGUUUGGGGACGGAGUCCGCGGCGGCGACGCGCUGACACCCCGCUUUUAGAUGGAGCCAACAUUUGGGGUGCAGCAAAACAGGUGUCAGGGAAGUGUCGUCACGAACCCCGGAAGCCGGAGGAGGAGGUGGGAACAUCAGAGAGAAAGAUGGCAGCGAAAUCCGAUGGUCGCGGGGUCGUCACCGGUUUCGCCCAGCUGCACAACCUGGACGAAGUGGUGGGGACGGGAGAGGACGACGCGCGGGACGGCAGCUCCUUCCACAUCUGCCACUGCUGCAACACCUCGUCGUGUUACUGGGGCUGCCGGAGCGCCUGCCUGCAUUACCUCAGGAGGAAGGGGAGAGGGAAGGGAAGGGAUGCGGGGCGACCACCGCAGGAGGAGCGCCUCUGGCUGGACUGCCUGUGGAUCGUCCUGGCGCUGCUGGUGUUCUUCUGGGACGUGGGCACCGAUCUGUGUCUGGCCGCCGACUACUACCACAAGCGGAACUUCUUGUGGUCCAGCCUGACUCUGUUCUUCGUGCUGGUGCCCUCGGUCCUGGUCCAGAUCCUGAGCUUCAGGUGGUUUGUGCAGGAUUACACCGGCGGCGGAUUGGGCUCCGUGGAGGGACUCAGCAGUCGGAGGGCUACGGCUGGUUUCCAGAGGGACAGGUGCUGUCGCCUGUCUGUCUGGGUCUGGCAGACCAUCAUUCACAUCUUUCAGAUGGGACAAGUGUGGAGGUACAUUCGCACUAUGUAUCUUGGGAUACAAAGUCACCGGCAGAAGGAGAACCAGAGGCGCUUUUAUUGGGCUAUGAUGUACGAGUAUGCUGAUGUCAACAUGCUGCGACUGCUGGAGACCUUCUUAGAGAGCGCCCCUCAGUUGGUGCUGCAGCUCUGCAUCAUGAUCCAGAGCAACAAGGCUGAGUGGCUGCAGUGUCUUUCUGCCAUGUCCUCCUUAACGUCCUUGGCCUGGGUGCUAGCCUCUUACCACAAGCUCCUCCGUGAUUCACGCGAUGACAAGAGGAGCAUGAGUUACCGAGGAGCCCUGGUGCAUCUUUUCUGGCGCCUUUUCACCAUCUCUUCACGGGUGCUCUCCUUUGCCCUUUUUGCCUCAGUUUUCCACAUCUACUUUGGCAUUUUUGUGGUGCUCCAUUGGUGCGCCAUGGCUUUUUGGGUCAUCCACGGCGGCACUGACUUUUGCAUGUCCAAAUGGGAAGAAGUACUGUUUAACAUGGUGGUGGGCGUGGUCUACGUCUUCUGUUGGUUCAAUGUACGUGAGGGCCGGACACGGUACAGAAUGGUGGUCUACUACACCGUUGUGUUGCUGGAGAAUGCCAUCCUAACCUCACUUUGGUACGCAUACCGCGACCCAGCCACCACUGACGCCUAUGCCUCUUUUGCCAUCUGUGGCGUCUUCCUGUGCUUUGCCUCAGGUGUGGCCUGCAUGAUUCUCUAUUAUGGGGUCCUACACCCCAUGGGCCCCCGAAUGAGGAUGUUGGCGUCCUCCUGCUGUGCUGAGCUGUUAUGGGGCCUCCCGUUACCACCUGAAGCUGAACCAAUGGCUCCCACACCUGGGCCUCGUGGCUCCCAGGCUACCCCUACACGAGGCGUGGCAGGAGAACAAAUGGGGUUAGACGAAACAGCUACAGACACAUGCCUUCCGGUUUUCCAAGUGAGGUCUACAGAACCUGUAGACGCAGCAGGGAGGCCCAUCCCGCCCGAGGGCCCGCUCAUUAAAAUAGACAUGCCCAGAAAACGCUAUCCAGCUUGGGAUGCACACUUUGUUGACAGGCGACUGCGCAGGACCAUAAACGUGCUGCAGUUUAUUAGCCCCAAUGCGGUGGGCAUCAGGUAUAGGGACGGUCCACUUCUCUAUGAACUUCUACAGUAUGAAUCCUCCCUCUGAAGGCCCUGUCCGUGGUUCUAUCCUCACUUUUUACACAGAAUGAUGCACACGCAUUUUGUUUCUCCUCAGAUGUUGCAUCUUUCCAUGUGUUCUCGGGCUCUCUUCAUCACUUCUCGAUGAUCUGAAAGUUUUACAGUUUUUCAGGACAUAUUUUUUUGUCAACCAAAAACCUGACAAACAAACGUUCAAGAAUUAUUUUUGGAGAGAAAAAAAAAAAACACACACACACAUAGACAAGAGAGAAAAAGUUACAGUAUACUAUUUGAUAAAUAUAAUACAUAUAUAAAUAUAUACGUCUCAGAUAAAUCUCUCUAUACUGACAUAGGAGGCUUCUAAAUGAGUGUGUAGAUAACAUAUGAAUGUUUCAUUAUGAAAUGUGUUUAUGUGUUAUACUGUGUUGGUGAAUCAACCUGUGGAUAUCUGUGAAGGGCAUAUUGUGUGUCUCUCUGACAUGGGACCGGUGCAAAACCUUAUGGGAAUGAUGGAGGAGAGUCUCAGAGGGGCCAGGUCUUUGCACACCCUUAAAUUUACUGCCAUUUUCUUUGUAACUCACUGAAACAUAUGAAACACAUAAUGUUUACUAAGCCCUUAGCUAAUUAAUAAAAUGUGCUUAAAAACAACCUGGGUGAAACUUCAAGAUGUAAUUUUGAGACUUUUUUAUUACAUGUU